AUGCUCUUAUGCCACACUAGCCAUCCUCUCCAGGUUCAGCUGCUAUCCUGCCGCAACUGGCAUCCUCUUCCGCCUCAACUGCUAUCGUGUUCGGCCUCGCAUGCAAUAAUCGCCAGCCUCGCCUGCUAUCCCCGUCCGCUUCACCUGUUAUCUUCGUCCGCCUCACCUGCUAUCCUCAUCCGCCUCACCUGUUAUCUUCGCCGCCACACCUGCUAUCCUCAUCCGCCUCACCUGUUACCUUCGUCCGCCUCACCUGCUAUCCUCAUCCGCCUCACCUGUUAUCUUCGUCCGCCUCACCUGCUAUCCUCAUCCGCCUCACCUGUUAUCUUCGCCGCCUCACCUGUUAUUUUUCUCCUUCUCACCUGCUAUCCUCUUCCGCCACAUUUGCAAUCCUCGUCAGCCUCACCUGUUAUCCUCGUCCACCGUACCUUUUAUCCUCGCCGCCUCACCUGCUAUCCUCUUCCGCAUCACAUGCAAUCCUCGUCAGCCUCACCUUCUGUGCUCUUCAGCCUCACAUGUUAUCCUCGUCUUCCUUACCAGUUAUCAAUGCCCGCCUCACCUGCUAUCCUCACUCACCUGCUAUCCUCUUCCGCCUUACUCGUUAUCCCUCGUCCGCCUCACCUGUUAUCCUCGUCCGUUACACCUGCUAUCCACUUCCACCUCACCUGCUAUCCUCGUGCCUCAUUUGUUAUCUUCGUCCGCCUCACCUGUUUUCCUCGUCCGCUACACCUUCUAUUUUCGUCCGCCUCACUUGUUAUCUUCGUCCGCCUCACCUGA